GAGCUUGUGCGGGUGUGGGAUGCCAUCGAUGCCUUGCAGGCAGCGGACCAGGAGCGCAACUGCCAGCUGGAGCAGCUGACUCACACCUGCCACGAGCUGGCUGAAGCGCGGCAAGGUGUCCUGGCCGAUGUGGAUGGCUGUCAAUCCAACACCAGGCAGUUGGAAGCAGACCUGCGCAGCCUGGGCGCACGCGUCGAGGCGGUCGCGUCCAGUGCGGCGCAUUGUUCCAAAGAUGUGGCGGACGUGAAAGCCCGCGCUCGUGAUGUGGAGAAGUCGCAGCUGCACUGCCACGAGCUACUGCAGCAACGCACCAGCGAACUGCAGGAGCUGUUGGAACGGCGCACCUAUGAGUCAUCGGGCAAGCUGGAGGCCACCUGUCAGGCCUUGCGCUUGGCGGACGCCGAGCGCCAACGGCAGCUGGAACAGCUCAGUCGCAGCUGCGACAGCCUGGCCGAAGCACGGAAAGGCAUCGUGGCUGAAGUGGACAGCUGCCAUUCCAUCGACAGGCAGCUGGAAGAAGCAGUGCGACGCUUGGACGGCCGUGUGGAACGUGCGAGCUCCCUGGCCCUGCAAUGCUCCGAAGGUGUGGCCGAUGCGAAAGGCUUCGCGCGGGAGCUCUCGGAGAAAGUGCUGGCGCAGUGCGGCGAGCUGCUGGAAAACCGUAGUUUGGAGAUGAAGGAGCUGCUCGAGCAACAAGCCGCCGAGGCCAUCUCGAAGAUGGAGGUCCUCAAGGUGUCGAACAACGAGUGUCACCAGCAGCUGGACUUCCUCUCGCGCGCCCUGGCGGAGCUCUCCGAAGCUCGCCGAGGCAUGUUCGCCGAAGUUGAAAGUUGCCAAUCCAGUGACCGGAAGCUUGAAGAGAGCCUCCGGCGAAUGGAGAACCGCGUGGAGCGGCUCUCUUCCGUGACCACGCAGUGCUCCGAAGGUCUGAAUGAGCAGAAGACCUUGGCACAGCAGAACACCGAGAAGGCACAACUGCAAUGCACCGAGCUACUGGAGCUCCGCAUCCGCGAGCUCAAGGAGCAGCUGAAGCAUCGAGAGGAGCUCAGCAGCAACACGGCUAAGGAGGUGAAGGCUCAGGGUGAUGCCUUGGCUCAGUUGGCUCGGAAGCAAGAGCUCACCGUGGAGUCCUUGCAGGCAGGACACGGGGACCUGAGACGCUCGGUGGAAGCGCAGUUCCGGCGACAGGAGCAGUUGGAGCGCCAAGGGAGCGAGUCGUCCGCCGCUUUGCAGGCCUUGCAGGUGCUGGUGGUGGAGCGCGGCCAACAGUUGGAACGCGUCUCCAAGGUCUGCAGCGAGCUCUCCGAAGCGCGCAAAGGCAUGGUCACCGAAGUGGAAAACUGCCGCUUGAUCCAGAGGCAGUUGGAAGACGCCCUGCAUCGCGUGGAUGCACGAUUAGAAUCCGUCUCCUCCGUGGCAGCUCAAUGCUCGGGAGGCGUGGUGGACGUGAAGGCCUUCGCACAGGCGGCGGCCGACAAAGCCCGCAACGAGGCCUUCGCGCAGGGCCGGGAGCUGCUGGAGCUCCGCAGCGGCGAGCUGAAGGAGCAGAUGGAUCGCAAAAUGGGAGAGAUGGUGCCCAAAGUGGAGGCACUGAAGCUCUCCAGCAAUGAGCAUCAUCAGCAACUGGAGCAGCUCCUCGAGCAGCGCAAAGGCCUGCUGUCGGACGUGGAGCAGUUGCGGGCGAGCGGCAGGCAGUUGGAAGACACCCUUCGGGGGCAGGGCGUGCAGCUGACGCAAGCUCUGCAAGGCGUGGUGGAGGCGAAGUCCAUGGCAGAGAAAGGGGCGACGCGUGCGCGGGAACAACUGGAGAGCCGCAGCGUGGAGUUGAAGGAGCUGGUCGAGCAGCGCUUCGGAGAGGGCUCCGUGAAGUUGGAGGCACUGCGUGCCAGUGACAGCGAGCAGCUGCAGCAGCUGCAGCAACUCGCGAAGACGUGUGCGGAGUUGGGCGAGAGCAGUCGAGGAUCAACGGCUGGCAUUGAGAGCUGCCACAGGCAACUGGAGGAAGCGGUCCGCCGUGUCGACGCUCGCUUCGAACGGAUGGCGGUCAUGACCUCCCAAUGCGCCGAAGGCACCUCGGAGAUGAAAAGCUUCGUGCGCGAGGUCACGGAGAAGACGGCCUUGCAAUGCAAGGACCUCUUGGAGAAUCGCCACUCCGAGAUCAAGGAGCUGGUGACGCAACUUCGCCAAGAGACGAGGAGCAUCGAAAAGGAUGGUCGAAGUCAAAAAGAUGAAGUAUCUGAGCUCAAGAAGCAGAAGGAAAGUCUGGAGACGACACAGGAGCUGCUGAAGAGACAGACCUUGGACAUGGCCAGCGAUCUGCAGGCGCUGAAGCUGGCGGACGCGGAGCAGGUCACGCAGCUGGAGCGGCUCUCGCGGGCCUUGGCCGAGCUCACCGAGAUGAAGAAAGGCAUCAGUGCGGACUUCGAGGUUUGCCGAACCUUCGACAGGAAGCUGGAAGCAGCACUGCGAAGCAUGGAUGAGAAGAUCUCCAUCGUGGAUGCCCAGUGCCGAGAAGGAUUCGCGGACCUCAAAGUUGCACAAGAGACCGCCGACAAGGCACGGGAAGAGCAACUGCACUGCUGGCAUCAGCACAGUGAGCAGUUGGAGCAACGAGCAUCCGAGAUCAAGGCGCUGAAGACGCAGUGGAACGACGUGUCGCAGCAGAUGGAGCAACUGAUGGAAGCUCGUCGAGGCAUGCGCACAGAGCUGCAAGGCUGCCAAACAGCCGAGAGGCAACUGGAGGGCCGUUUGGAGCGGCUCUUCGCCAUGGCCACGCAAUGCUCCGAAGGUUUGGGCGAAGUGAAAGCCUUCGCGCGCGAGUGCUCCGAGCGCGUGCAGCAGCAAAGCAAAGAGCUGGCAGAGCAACGCCUGGGCGAAGUGAAGGCCCUGGCAGGUUUGCUGAAGCCUCUGCAUUCGAUUCUGCAAGCAACGAUGCAUGGUUGUUCAUCCAAGUUGUGCACUCACGACCAGAUCACCAGCAUCUCCAUUUGGUCAGGAACUGGUGGAGCGGCGGUCAGCUGA